AUGAAGGACGACACGCCAAAGGGAGCUCUCCGCAUCCUGAACGCGGCCAAGGUCCAAGCCGCUUUCAGGAAGCAGGGUCGUGUGACUUCGGAGGACACCGGCGAGCACACUCUGAAGCGGAAGCGCGGCGAGGAGAAGAAGGCGGCCAAGUCCUCCGACGACUCCAAGGCGAACGAGCCCGCGAAGAUCCGAACAGAGGCGGACAAGGAGGCAGCGAAGGCGGAGAAGGCGGCCAAGGCCUCUGGCGAGGAGGGCGGGAAGAAGAAGGCCGGCAAGCCCGAGAUCCCCAAGAUCGGCCCCAACGAGACGUUGGGCGAGUACAACCGCCGCGUCGAGGCGCUCAUGCGCGGGAGCGUGAAUAAGGCGAUCAAGUCGGCGGAGGCGCUGAAGGGGCAGCAGAUCCAGGCCCUGAAGGCCGAGAAGGCGGCGCGUCGUGCUGCAGCUCAGGCAGGUCUUCCGCCGCCCAAGCCCGGCUCCUCGUUCUCGUCUAACCCCCUCCCGGCAGGCGCGGCGGGUAAGAAGGAGCCCUCGCCCUCCCCCGAGCCCGAGGAACGGACGUUUGCCGAGGCGCCGCAGCGCCGCCGCCUGAAUGACAUUGCGCUCGCGCCCCCGCAGCUGCCCAAGAUGCGCCAGGCGAAGAAGACGCCGAGCGAGAUCGGCUCCAAGAUCCCCCUCAACGCGGGACAGAAGCGUAUCAUGGAGGAGGAGCGCGAGCGCGUCAUCCGGAUGUACCGCGACAUGAAGGCGAGGAAGGAGCAGGAGAAGGCGGCCGAGAAGGAGGAGAAGGAGGCGGAGAAGAGGAAGAAGAAGAAGGCGCGCAAGAGCCAGUAG